AUGUUUGCCAGAAAGGCUUCCCAACUCCAGCGGGAGGCCGAACUCCUGGUCCCGAAAGAGUUUCAGAAGCAGUUAGAACUCAAGUUUUCCGAUCAGCUUUCCGAAGAGGAUGAGCGGGACGAUGGGACAUCUGGGGAGAGGGAGCCGGAGACCACAUCUGAGCCAGCAUCUCCUACCUCACCUCGUUCUUCGUCACUCUUCAAGUCGUUUGUCAAAUCUUUGGUCGCCGUGCAACCUAAGAAACCGAUCUCCGUGGCGGAUGUCCAGCCAUUCGAGAUCAUGAAAGCCGUCGAGGACCGCAAUAUAACGUUUCUGAUGGAAGUCAGGGAUAGAGCCUUCCCUCUACUCCUUCAGACCUCUGGAGGGGAAACUCCUCUUGUUCAUGCCAUCCGGAUCGGCAACAGAGAUGUUGCAAUCGUCCUCUUGGGAGCCUUUUCUCGGUGGAUCAACCGACUCGAGGCGGAGGACAUUGUCGAAGCUCAGGUCCAAAGCCAACUUAAAGCAUUACGCGUCGGCCUUAAGCUGGCAAUCAACGAAGGGCUAGCACAUUCCCAACCGGACCUGAUCGCCUCAUUCAUGCAGACACUUGUCAUGAGUGAAGGUGAUAAUUGGGUCUGGGCUCAGGUCUCACUGGUUGCAAGGGCAUUAAAUGGAACUGCAGAUGGAAAACCCGUCCAGACAGCUGAUGCAGCCAUCCGCAAGUUCACGACAAAGGAACUGGGAAAGGCCAGCCUCAUUGCAUCCGUAGAAGACUAUAUCGCAAAUGCAAUUGCUGAUUUGUUGGUCAUGGGUGCAUGGUCAAUAGUUCGCCAAAAUAUCCCGUCGGCCGAUGCUAUCCCAUCGUACUACUUCGCGCGAGACGAUCGUGUAUACAAGGCCUUCCUUGAACAGUAUCAGAAACUCAGGCCCCAAAUUUCCCGGUCGUGCCCUCGGCGUCUACGCUGGCAACUACAAAUUCUCAAGGACGGACUACAGGGUCGACAAAUUUCGUUCCGCAAAAAAAUCGAAGCCAUUGCCGCGAGUUUGGAUCGGGAGGAGCAUGAUCGCUGAUUCUACAAUGCAUGUACCCGAGCGACCGCGCUUCUGCUUGUACAAGGUGCCAGACCAGUCAAAGAACACACCUGGUACUCGGCGUAUUAUCGAGCAGAAAUCAACAUCUACUAUAUGAGACCCCUAUUCGCAUGGUGUUAGCUUUCGAGCCUAACAGGCUUUCGCCAUGCUCAUCUCGGUUGCUCGUGAGACAACUCUACACAUGUGGGGGACAUUUUGUUUAUAUAUUAUUGACUAGGUCUAUGGUACUACUGGACUAUGUAUAACCCAUUACUACAUUAUGAGACGGUAUUGAUGGAAUUCUUUUC